AGCCAUCAUGAACAGGGGCCUUUGUAUAGCCCUGACUCUCAUUGUCGCCACCCAGGCGUCGACAGUAAGAAAAAAGGAAGAUCAAGAAAAAAGAGCGGCACCUACCGUUGAAACAUGCGUGGACCAAACCGACUGCACGAAGUACCCAAGCUCCGUGUGUACGCAAUAUAGCGACUGGUCCAAGGACAACUGUGCAGCAUACUGUGGAAUAUGUAAACCACUGCACACUACUGCUCCCCCAGCUUGUGAGGAUAGUCUGACGAACUGUCCGGAGUACGGCCUGGACGCGUGCACCAAGUACGCUCCCUGGGCUCAUGAGAACUGUCGCAAGUACUGUGGCUUCUGUCAUAUUCAGUCGACUGGGUUCUAUGGCCAGUGCUCCUACAAAGGGAAGACUUACAAUCAAGGAGAAAAAUGGGAGGACGGCUGCAGCUACGACUGUGAGUGCGUGGACGGCGCGACUGGAACCUACAAGUGUACAAACAAGUGCCCUAUAUACAACAGUCUCCCCCCGGCAUGCACCCUGGUGUCCACCCCCGGGCAGUGUUGUCUGCAGCCUGUCUGUGACUUCAAUAAGAAGGUCGUGACCUCUCAGGGGUCAGCCCUCGGGACAACGGCUGCUGGAGUCAAUGUGUGCGUCUACAACGGCAACAACUACUACCAGGGUCAGACAUGGGCGGUUGGCUGUGACCUGCGGUGCACGUGUAAUGACGCCACUCAGGGGUCGUACAGAUGCCAGUCAUUCUGUCCCGUGUACGGUCAGAUGCCCACUGACUGCGUCAUGAUCAAGGAUCCGGGACAAUGCUGUGAAAGGCCCCAGUGUACUUUCAGCAAGCAGUUUGGAAGUUUUUCGGGAAGCGGUUCCGUCAGCGGAGCUGGCAUAAGUUUGCAUCCCACCGCCGCCUCGGCAUGCGUGGAUAAAAUACCCAACUGUGCAGACUAUACCAAGGAAGCCUGUCCCAAAUAUCCAGGCUGGGCCGGGUCAACCUGCAAGAAAUACUGUGAUCUAUGUCAUCUAGCAGCCCCAACUCCCGGACCGAACGAUGCCUGUGUGUACCAGGGCCAAGCCCACAAACAAGGAGAGACAUGGGCCAUUGGAUGCGACCAAAGAUGUGUCUGUGAAAACGCAAUCUAUGGCUACUACAGAUGCUCCAAUACGUGUCCCUCCUACACCAACCUCCCCCCUCAGUGCAAGACGGAUAAGAAGGUCAACGACUGCUGCGAAACCGUCAAAUGUACAUCCGGGUCUUUCUACUCCUCCUCCACCAACCUUCAGAGUAUCGGCAGCGGGGGCGGCAUCAACAUCAACGGUGUGACCCCUAACCCAUCCACAGGGACAGGGACAGGAAACGGAGGCAGUUCCCUAGGCACGGGGAUGCAGCCCCCUAAACUAUCCGGAUGUCUUUACAAUGGUCAGCUGUAUGUCCAGAACCAGCAGUGGGAAGAUAAAUGUGCCACGGUCUGUACCUGCAACGACGCCUCAACGGGAAUAUACGCGUGCAGAGAAAGAUGUCCCAAAUUCGACGGAGUUCCUGCUGGAUGCCAGAUGACCCCUGACCCCAGCGACAAGUGCUGCACAGUGCCCCAGUGCCCCCCAUCCAUCAGCUAUGUUCCCAAACCCGUGUACCAACCUUGGAAACAAACCACCUCCCAAGUCAAACCUCCAAGCAUCGUUGACCUUACUUCUGGGUUCUUUACAAAUGAAGUAACGAUCAACUUCAGUGGGGGCACGGUAGCCCCACCAACCGUACCAGUCGGGGCUGUAGGGACCGGAGGCAUAGGCUUCUGUGAGUACAAGGGCCGCCACUACCUUCAGAGCGAGAGGUGGGAAGAUGGUUGCAAGUAUCAGUGUGUGUGUGAGCGGGCAUAUGAUGGAUUCUGGAGAUGCUUAGACAGGUGUAAAACAUACGACGACUUGCCAAAGGAUGUAUGCUGGCUCAUUCCGGAUCCCAGCGAUUCUUGUUGUCAGGUGCCGUUUUGCAAAUUUAAUCCUAAAUUCGAAGAGAUCUACGGUACCGGUCACCCAGGGACGUAUACGACCCCCCAUAUCACCAUGAAGCCUGUGGUCACAGCACAACCUACCACCCCAAGACCAGCGUACUGUGUGUACAAGGGCCAGAAUUACGCCCAGGGCCAGCAGUGGUACGACGGCUGCAGCAUGAAGUGUUCCUGCGAUAACGCUCAGUCAGGAUACUACAGAUGUGCCAACAGAUGCCCACUGUACUACAACGUACCCAAGGGGUGCACGCAGCUGCCCGACCCCAUAGAUCCGACCUGCUGCACCGUCCCUCACUGUGACUUCAACUCCACGUCAGGUUCCGUCUCAGGGACAGGCGCCCCCGCAACCAUCCCCCCGGGGCAGAUCACUGGCAAUGGGCAGAACCCAGGAGAACACACCAAGAUAGGGUACUGUUUGUACAAGACGAAGAAGUACAACCAGGGCCAGAAGUGGACAGAUGGCUGUCAGUACACCUGUGAGUGUGAAGACGCAGACAAAGGCAGCUACAGAUGCACGGACAUGUGCCCUCGUUAUGCCAGCCUUCCCCAACAGUGCCGGCUUGUGACCGACUUCUCCAACCCUUGCUGCCAGGUCCCCGACUGUAACUUCCAGGGUACCUCUGGAGGAAUCAGCGGCGCUGGCCACGUCACUCCCUCCCCCGGACCACAGCCCACCUGUACCUACAUCACUGCCAAGUACUACCAGGGCCAGACAUGGAAGGACGGCUGUAGCAAGUCCUGCCGCUGCGAAGACGCUGUGAAGGGACUCUACGUCUGUGACGACAGAUGUCCGAAGUUCGGUUCCAUCCCAUCCCAGUGUCAAAUGGUCACUGACCCCGCUGACCCCUGCUGUCAGAAACCACAGUGCCACUUCGUGUCGACGUCAGGGUCUACUACUGGUUCAGGCAACCCGAGCAACAUUCCCACCCUGGCUCCUGCCAUCAUCACCGGUCAGGUUCCCACCCCAAAGCCUGGGCAGACCCCCAUACCCGUCUCGGUAUGUACAUACAAAGGUCAGCAGUACCACAAAGGUCAGACGUGGGUAGAUGGCUGCAGCUAUAACUGUGAAUGUCUGGAUGAUCAGACUGGCAAGUACAAGUGCACUGAGAGGUGUCCCCGAUUCGCUGGGUUGCCUCCCCAGUGUAAUCUGAUGAAGGAUCCAAGUGACCCCUGCUGUCAGGUGCCCGUGUGCGACUUCAGCGGCCACAGCGGUGGCUUGACUGGACAUGGUCAGUUCACACCCGCUCCAGGUGUCACGCCCAAACCUAAAGGUAUGUGCGUGUACAAGGGUACAAGCUACGCCACCGGUCAGCAGUGGUUCGACGGCUGUGACUACACCUGCGAGUGCGAGAACGGUGACCAGGGCAUAUACCGCUGUAACAAGAGGUGUGCAGUGUACGACAACCUGCCCAAGGGGUGCCAUCUGGAGGCCGAUCCUCAGGACCCAUUCUGCUGCAAGCGUCCAACCUGCUCCUUCACCCCAACCAACGGCUCAAACACAGGCUUCGUCCUCCCAUCCAUUCCCCCGGGCACUGUGACAGGAGGCAGCGUCAUCCCCACCCCUAACCCUCUCCUGGCCCCAUCCCUUGGACCCGGGGUAUCACCGACUCCAGGCCCAGGCAUGGUACCUCUACCUAAAGAUGUGUGUGUAUACAAGGGCAAGCAGUACGCCCAGGGACAAAAGUGGCAAGAUGGCUGCGUCUACAACUGUGAAUGUCUGGAUGCCCACACCGGCAAGUACAAGUGUACCGAACAGUGUCCCCGGUACGCCCAGAUCCCGGCCCAGUGCCACCUUGUCAGAGACAUCUAUAACCCGUGCUGCCAGAAACCAUACUGUGACUUCUCAGCUACUUCCGGUCAGGCCACAGGGACUGGUGUCCCCCCUACUCCACCAACUCAGAAAGAUUUCUGUGUGUACAAUGGCACCCCCUUCAAGCAGGGUGCCACGUGGAAUGACGGCUGUGAUCUCGCGUGUAGGUGCGAGGAUGCUAAGACUGGAGUGUACAGAUGUGACGAGAGGUGCGCCAGCUUCCAGGUGCAACCAGGAUGCUCUUUGAUCGCUGACCCCAAGGAUGUGUGCUGCAAGGUGCCCUCCUGCCAACCGGUCCUGCCCCCUACCCCUCAGCCAGGAAUCAACCCGGGGCAGAAUCCCACUCCCUUCCCCUACCCCGUACCCACAGCUGUCCCCGGAACGAUCCACGGCCAGACCGUCAACAAACCCAACACCAACAACCCAACAAAUUCAUCGUUCUGUACUUACAACAACAUCAACUACAAGACCGGUCAGAAGUGGGAUGACGGCUGUCAGUACUCCUGUGUCUGUGAUGACGAGAAGACUGGCAGAUAUACCUGCGUCCAGAAGUGUGCCCCGUAUUCAAACAUCCCUGCAUACUGUACACUGGUUGUCGACCCGACAGAACCCUGCUGCAAGAAGCCAAGUUGCCAAAACCCAUUGUCGCUCCAGACAUCACCCCCCGUCCCUGGGGUCAGUCCCACCCCCAACACCAACAUCAACACUCCUCUUCCUCUGCCAUCUUGUGUAUACAAGAAUCAGCAGUAUUUCGAGGGCCAGGAGUGGUAUGACGGGUGUGACAAGAAGUGUGUGUGUGAGGACGCCAAGACCAACUACUACAGAUGCAGCUCCAGGUGUGCAAGUUUCGGAAAGGUGCCCCCACAGUGCCGUUUGGUAGCAGACCCCAAGGACCCUCAAUGUUGUCAAGUUCCACAGUGUCUCCCUACCCCCGGGCCUAAUGGCUACCUUACCCCAGGGCCAGGCGUAUCUCCCACACCUGCCAACAUUCCCACUGGCGUCGUGACGGGAGUCGCUCCAACACCGACCCCAGGACCUGGCGGACAGACGCCACCUCCACGACACUCCUGUGUAUACAAGGGACGAGACUACCGCCAGGGAGAGAGGUGGCAAGAUGGCUGCAAGUACAACUGUAUAUGUGAGGACGAAACCACAGGCAAAUACAAGUGUGAUGAGAGGUGCGCCUCCUACCCCUUCGUGCCACCCCAGUGCACCCUGCAGAGGGAUCUCACCGACAUCUGCUGCCACAAGCUAGCCUGUGACUUCUCCAAGCCCACAAUAAACCCCAACGUCAGCCCUCUGCCCAAUGGGACGCCAGUGCCCACGCCGAAAUUCUGCGUCUACAAGGGCGUGGUCUACAAUCAGAACCAGGUGUGGACCGAGGGUUGCGACAGGAAGUGUAGGUGCGACGACGCUGACACCAACUUCUACAACUGCUAUGACAGAUGUCCAUCUUACAACAACCCACCCCCAGGCUGCACUCUGAUCGUUGACCCCAAGGAUCCCUGUUGCAAAGUACCACAGUGCUUCGUGGUCCCAACCCUCGCCCCAGGAGCUACCCCUAACCCCAACCCUGGCCAGAACCCAACCCCUAACCCCUACCCUCUCCCAACAGCUGUUCCCGGGACUAUCACAGGGCAAUCGCCUAACCACAACCCGCUAGAGAAGAUUGGGUACUGUGUGUACAAGGGCGUUAAGUACACCCAGGGCCAGACCUGGCAGGAUGGCUGCGGCAUGAACUGCGAGUGUCUUGACGACAGUACCGGCCAGUACAAGUGUACCGAGAGGUGCCCCAACUACGUGAACAUCCCUAGCUACUGCAUCCUGGUGCAGGACCCCCGAGACAACUGCUGCAAGACCCCCACCUGCCCCGGGCUCAACCCCAACCCCAGCAACGUCUCCCCAAGCCCCGGCUCACACAUUACCCCCACCCCCGGGACACCCAAAAUUAAAGAUGUGUGUGUGUACAAUGGACGCUCCUACACACAAGGCCAGGAGUGGUAUGACGGCUGUGAGAAGAAGUGUGUGUGUGAGGACGGCAUGACGGGCUUCGUCAGGUGUACCGACAGGUGCGCCAAGUUCAACUCCAUCGCCCCCAACUGUGUAAUGGUGCCUGACGCCAAGGACCCCACGUGCUGUUUGGCGCCACAGUGUGACCAGACCAACAAGACUGUCCCCACUGGGGUCAUCGGUCACAUCACUGGGUACGGUCUACCCCCUACCCCCCAGCCAAUGGUCAGCCCCGCCCCAGGAGUUAGCACACCAGCCCCCGUGGUCACACUCACGCCCCCAUUCAAAGAUGUGUGUGUCUACAAGGGCACGCCCUACAAACAGGGUCAGAGGUGGCAAGACGGAUGCGACUACACCUGUGUUUGUGAAGAUGGUACCACUGGCAAAUACGACUGCACUGACAUCUGUCCGCGCUACCCGAACAUGCCUUACUACUGCACCAUGGCAUACGACCCCACCAACCCCUGCUGUCAGAAACCCGAGUGCCACGUUCCCAGCCCCUCCAAGACACCAAAUGUCAGCCCCUUGCCUGGCGCCACCCAGGCUCCCACUGCAAACUUCUGUGCCUACAACGGUAUCCCGUACAGACAGGGGCAGAGUUGGCCAGUGGGAUGCGACAAGGUGUGUCGUUGUGAGGACGCCAUGGCCAACACCAUCAACUGCGAUGACAGGUGCGCGAGCUACCCUCAGACCCCGUCUGACUGCGUGUUGAUCACUGAUCCCUCCGACAAGUGCUGCCAGGUACCAAGCUGUGGUAACAGCCCCAACACCAACAACCCCUCCCACACCAUCACCGGCGUCCCCGGCACCAUCACCGGACAGAUGCUACCCCCAGACAUCCCAUUACCACUCGGCAAAAGUGUAUGCGUGUACAAUGGCAAGAGCUAUCACCAGGGAGAGAAGUGGGAGGACGGCUGUACCUACGACUGUGAAUGUAUUGACAGUGCAGAUGGCAAAUAUAGGUGUACUGAAAAGUGCCCGGCGUUUCCCCAGGUGCCCUCCUACUGCACCAUGAUGCAGGACUCCAGGGACAAAUGCUGCGAGGUUCCCUACUGCCCAACACUUGUACCCCCAAUGAACACGCUGUACCCCACACCAUACCCGAUUGGUUACACGCUGUACCCAGGCGCCACUCCAUACCCAGGUCCAUCUAAGUACCCAAUAGGGUUUACACCAUCUCCAGGGGCAACACCGUACCUCGGACCUACUCCUUAUCCAAUUGGAUACACUCCCUACCCAGGUGCAACUCCUUACCCAGGGCCAACACGCUAUCCAAUAGGUUUCACCCCCUCUCCUGGUGCAACGCCCUACCUUGGACCAACACCCUAUCCAAUCGGCUACACGCCUUACCUUGGUGCAACACCCUACCCGGGACCAACACCUUACCCAAUAGGAUUCACACCCUCUCCUGGUGCCACACCUUAUCACCUCCCUACACCCUGGCCAAUAGGAUUCACGCCAUUCCCUGGUGCUACUCCCUACCCAGGACCAUCUAAAUACCCGAUUGGAUUUGUCCCAUCUCCCGGUGCUACUCCUUACCUGGGACCAACGCCAUACCCAAUUGGAUACACUCCAUAUCCAGGGGCAACACCUUACCCAGGGCCUUCAAAAUACCCAAUUGGUUUCACUCCUUCCCCGGGAGCUACUCCCUACCCUGGUCCAACACCGUGGCCUAUUGGGUACACCCCAUCACCAGGUGCGACCCCAUAUCCAGGACCUAAGUUUAACGUACCGACACCAUAUCCCAUUGGUUACACUCCGUCCCCUGGAGCUACCCCAUACUUGGGACCAACUCCCUACCCUAUUGGGUUCACGCCAUAUCCAGGUGCUACACCAUACCCAGGACCAUCGAAAUAUCCUAUAGGUUUUACACCUUCACCAGGUGCAACUCCUUACCUUGGACCGACACCGUACCCAAUUGGAUAUACGCCAUGGCCCGGGGCAACACCAUAUCCAGGUCCAUCAAAAUAUCCAAUAGGUUUCACACCAUCUCCAGGAGCUACGCCCUACCUUGGACCUACCCCAUACCCCAUAGGAUAUACACCAUUCCCAGGUGCCACACCUUAUCCAGGACCAACAAGGUACCCUAUUGGAUUCACCCCAUCACCAGGCGCUACGCCAUAUCUAGGACCAACACCGUAUCCAAUCGGUCAUAUUCCGUAUCCUGGGGCAACACCAUACCCUGGUCCAUCUAAAUAUCCAAUAGGAUUUACACCAUCAAUUGGUGCCACACCUUACCUAGGACCAACACCCUACCCGAUCGGAUACACUCCAUGGGUAGGAGCAACCCCCUAUCCAGGACCAACCCCCUAUCCUAUUGGCUUUACGCCAUCGCCAGGUGCCACACCCUACCAUAUUCCAACACCUUGGCCUAUUGGCUAUACGCCGUUUUUAGGUGCAACGCCAUACCCAGGUCCUACACCCUAUCCCAUUGGAUACACACCAUCACCAGGUGCCACACCAUACCGUGCUCCAACACCUUGGCCAAUUGGAUACACCCCAUUCCCUGGAGCAACGCCGUACCCUGGACCAACACCUUAUCCCAUUGGAUACACACCAUCACCAGGCGCCACACCAUACCAUGCUCCAACACCUUGGCCAAUUGGAUACACCCCAUUCCCUGGAGCAACACCAUACCCUGGACCAACACCCUAUCCUAUUGGUUAUACUCCUUCUCCUGGGGCUACACCAUAUCCAGGACCUACUCCAUAUCCAAUUGGCUACACACCAUUCCCUGGUGCAACACCUUAUCCAGGCCCAUCUAAAUACCCAAUUGGAUACACACCAUCUCCAGGUGCGACUCCAUAUCUUGGACCCACUCCUUACCCAAUAGGUUUCACACCAUACCCUGGUGCAACACCUUAUCCAGGCCCAUCCAAGUAUCCUAUUGGAUACACGCCAUCGCCUGGUGCUACACCAUAUCUUGGGCCUACGCCAUAUCCAAUUGGUUACACUCCUUGGCCAGGGGCAACACCAUACCCAGGACCAUCCAAAUACCCCUUUGGAUACACACCGUCUCCCGGAGCUACACCAUACCUUGGGCCAACCCCUUACCCAAUAGGUUUCACACCAUACCCUGAUGCAACACCUUAUCCAGGCCCAUCCAAGUAUCCAUUUGGAUACACCCCAUCUCCCGGUGCUACCCCGUACCUUGGGCCAACUCCUUACCCAAUCGGUUUCACUCCAUCACCCGGUGCUACACCCUACCCAGGCCCAUCCAAAUACCCAAUUGGGUUUACCCCGUUCCCUGGCGCAACUCCUUAUCUUGGACCAACACCUUAUCCAAUUGGCUUUACACCAUACCCUGGAGCAACACCUUAUCCGGGUCCAUCUAAAUACCCGAUUGGAUUUACCCCAUCACCUGGUGCUACGCCCUACCCAGGACCAACACCGUACCCUGUUGGCUAUACACAAUCUCCCGGAGCUACCCCUUAUAAGCUGCCAACUAUUCCAUCAACAAACACUCCCACCACUCCAUAUCCGAUUGGUUACACCCCAUGGCCAGGUGCAACGCCGUACCUAGGACCUACCCCCUACCCAAUAGGAUUCACACCAUCUCCAGGUGCCACACCCUACCAUCUUCCAACACCCUGGCCUAUUGGUUAUGUACCAUACCCUGGUGCAACACCAUACCCAGGUCCCACUCCCUAUCCUAUUGGAUUCACACCAUCCCCAGGUGCUACCCCAUAUCUUGGACCAACACCCUACCCCAUAGGAUAUACGCCUUACCCUGGAGCCACCCCCUACCCUGGACCAUCAAAGUACCCCAUUGGAUUCACACCUUCCCCUGGAGCAACUCCUUAUUUGGGACCAACACCAUAUCCUAUUGGCUACACACCAUGGCCAGGUGCAACACCUUAUCCAGGACCAUCCAAAUACCCAAUAGGUUUCACGCCUGUCCCCGGAGGAACUCCUUAUCUGGGACCCACUCCUUACCCCAUUGGAUAUGUGCCAUAUCCAGGUGCAACCCCGUACCCAGGACCAACCAGAUAUCCUAUCGGAUUCACCCCAUCACCAGGUGCCACACCCUAUAGAGGACCUACACCUUACCCUAUUGGCUACACACCAUAUCCAGGAGCAACACCUUAUCCAGGACCCACCCCAUACCCAAUAGGAUUCACACCUUCCCCAGGGGCGACUCCAUACAGAGGCCCAACACCUUAUCCAGUUGGCUACACACCUUGGCCAGGAGCAACACCAUACCCAGGUCCAACUCCAUAUCCUAUUGGGUUUACGCCAUCUCCUGGCGCAACACCCUUCCAUGUUCCUACUCCCUGGCCAAUCGGCUACACUCCUUAUCCUGGUGCUACUCCCUACCCUGGACCAACACCUUACCCCAUUGGAUACACACCCUCUCCUGGCGCGACACCCUUCCACCUAGGAACCCCAUGGCCAAUAGGUUUCACCCCUUACUUAGGGGCUACGCCAUACCCAGGACCUACACCUUAUCCCAUUGGUUACACACCAUCCCCUGGAGCCACACCUUACAAAGCACCAACACCAUGGCCCAUUGGCUACACUCCCUAUCCUGGAGCAACGCCAUACCCAGGACCAACGCCAUACCCUAUUGGCUACACACCUUCACCUGGAGCAACACCGUACAGAGCACCAACACCAUGGCCAAUUGGUUUCACACCUUAUCCCGGAGCAACACCAUACCCAGGACCAACCAAAUAUCCAAUUGGAUUCACGCCAUCUCCCGGAGCCACCCCGUAUCUUGGACCAACCCCAUACCCGAUAGGCUACACACCAUUCCCUGGUGCAACGCCAUAUCCUGGCCCAACUCCUUAUCCUAUUGGGUAUACACCAUCACCAGGUGCCACACCAUACUUAGGACCAACACCAUAUCCAAUUGGAUUCGUUCCUUAUCCUGGAGCCACCCCUUACCCAGGACCAUCUAGGUGGCCAAUUGGUUUUACUCCUUCACCUGGUGCCACGCCAUACAAGGGACCCACUCCUUAUCCCAUUGGCUACACCCCAUGGCCAGGUGCAACACCCUACCCUGGACCAACACCCUAUCCAAUAGGCUUUACUCCCUCUGUCGGAGGAACACCCUAUCUUGGACCUACACCUUACCCCAUAGGAUAUGUUCCUUACCCCGGUGCUACUCCAUAUCCAGGCCCCAGCCCAUAUCCUAUUGGAUUCACACCCUAUCCAGGCGCAACGCCAUACCUUGGACCAACACCUUAUCCCAUCGGCUACACUCCAUGGCCAGGUGCAACACCUUAUCCAGGACCAUCCAAAUACCCCAUUGGGUUCACACCUUCCAUUGGAGCCACUCCCUACCUUGGACCCACUCCGUAUCCAAUCGGAUACACGCCUUACCCUGGAGCAACACCUUACCCAGGUCCAACACCUUAUCCCAUUGGAUUCACACCCUCGCCUGGUGCCACACCGUAUCACCUACCUACACCUUGGCCCAUUGGUUACACACCAUUCCCUGGUGCUACACCUUACCCCGGACCAAGUAAGUAUCCAAUUGGAUUUACCCCGAGUAUAGGUGCCACACCAUACCUUGGCCCAACUCCUUACCCAAUAGGAUUCGUACCCUACCUCGGUGCCACCCCAUACCCAGGACCAUCCAAGUACCCUAUUGGAUUCAUCCCAUAUCCAGGAGCUACUCGCUAUUUGGGACCUACUCCUUGGCCAAUCGGAUUCACCCCAUCAAUAGGGGCAACACCAUACCCUGGACCUUCUAAAUAUCCUUUCGGUUUCACGCCAUACCCGGGGGCAACACCUUAUCUCGGACCAACACCAUACCCGAUUGGUUACACACCAUCAACUGGUGCUACACCUUACCCUGGACCAUCUAGAUAUCCUAUAGGUUUCACCCCAUCACCUGGAGCUACGCCCUACCUCGGACCAACGCCAUACCCUAUUGGUUUUGUGCCCUACCCUGGAGCAACUCCGUAUCCAGGACCAACACCUAUACCAGGCUAUACACCAAUGACGGGCGUGACACAAGCACCAGGACUUAAAGGCAUGUGCGAGUACAACAACCAGUACUACAAGGAAGGCCAGCUGUGGUACGAUGGCUGCAGCAAGGUGUGCCGCUGCGAGAGUGCCGACGUCAACUUCCACAGAUGCCAGGACAGGUGCACGAAGUAUGACAGCAUCCAGUCUGACUGCCUCAUGGUGCCUGAUCCUAAAGACCCGUCCUGCUGCAAGAAGCCUCAGUGUCCAGUCCCGACCCCUGCACCAGGAGUGACGCCGACACCAGGGUUCAUCUCCGUCACCCCCGCCCCUGGCUACAUCAACGGCUACGGCAAACCCCCGACCAUGGCGCCAGGUGUAUCGCCAUCACCCGGAUCCCAGCCCACACCCUCGCCUAGAGGUUGUAUGUACAAGGGCCAGGUCUACAACGAGGGACAGACGUGGGAAGACGGAUGCGACUUCGACUGUGAAUGUCUGGAUGAUGCUACUGGCCAGUACAAGUGCCUCAAGAAGUGUCCGGCGGUGCCUCAGCUUCCGAACCGCUGUGUGAUGCUCCGUGACCCGACCAAUCCCUGCUGCCAGCGUCCAUACUGUGACUUCCUGAAUCCCACUCCCUUCCCUGGCGGUAUCCCCACCCCCAACCCGAUCCUCAACCCCUCUCUCGGACCUAAUCAACACACAACACAGAAACCAGGCCCCGGUGUGUCUAAUGCAGCCAAUCACAACCCUAGUCAAAGCACUGGCUUCUGCGUAUACAAGGGGGUGCCGUACCACAAAGGUCAGACAUGGAGCGAUGCCUGUGACAAGACGUGUGUGUGUGACGAUCCUACCAACAACCUCUACACGUGCAGAGAUAGGUGUUCCUCCUUCAACAACCUCGCUCCCACGUGUACUCUCGAGACUGACCCCAACGACCCAUGCUGUGUCGUCCCCGACUGCAAUCACCUCCCUCCAUUAAGUCUUACCCCCAACACACUCCCCGGCAUCAACGGAACCAACAAUCCUCUGAACCCCAAUCCUUCCUACGGCCCCGGCUUCACUGGUCACCCCACGUACAUCCAACCAACCAGCAUCCCAGGCACCUUCACUGGUAAUACUGGGUUCGGACCUGGUUACCCCGGACAACAAGUCGGUGGAUUGGUAGCUGGAAUGAGAAACAAGUGCGUGUACAAGGGCACCACAUAUUCUCAAGGACAAACCUGGAGCGAUGGCUGCACCUACAACUGUGAAUGUAUCGACGCCGUCAGAGGCAAAUACAAGUGUAGCGACAGAUGCGGAAAGUAUUACUUCCUACCGCCGCAGUGCAUGAUGGUCCCCGACCCCAAGGACACAUGCUGCAAGGUCGCCAAGUGUGACUCUACCCUCUUCUUGACGCCAACACCUCCAUCUUAUGUGACCCCAUACACCGGCACCGGCCCAAUGGGCACAGGGAAGACCAUCAACGUGAACACCCUGUAUCCCAAUUUCUCGCAUACACCUCCAUCGUAUGUGACCCCGUACACCGGCACCGGCCCCAUGGGCACAGGGAAGACCAUCAACCCGAACACUCUGUACCCCAUUUUCUCUAACAGUGCGCAUCCCGUAACUCCCGCAAUCGGAACAGGACCUUCAGGAACUGGAACGACAAACAAUCCACACACCCAGUACCCCAUCAUCACCGGUUCAAGGCCACCGAACAUGUGCCAGUACACUGACGGCAAGUUGUACGCCAAGGGCCAGAGCUGGGCUGACGGCUGCACCUACACCUGUGUAUGCCAGGACCCUACGAGCAACGACUUCAGAUGCACGAUGAGGUGCACGGCGUUCUCCGGCCUCCCAAGCUACUGUACUCUGCAGAAGAUCCCCGGGGACCAGUGCUGCAUGCAGCCAGUCUGUAACUACAACGGCAAGACCUUCAUACCCAUGAUACCCGACCCCCUCCACCCCACCACCUCGCCCACCCUCAACCCGUCCAUACAGAACGUCAUUCCUAUUGGAACACAUCAGAUCUUCUCUGGAUCCGGACCGCAACCAGGAUCAUCCUACGUUGUCCAGAUCGGAGGCAGAAACGCCUGUUACUACAAGGGCACGCUCCACCAACAAGGCACUUCAUGGGACGACGCCUGCGACCUCACCUGCACAUGCGAGUCCGGCAAGAACGGAAUCUACAGAUGCAUCUCCAAAUGCCCAUCAUAUCCACCUACCCCUAGCUACUGUCAUUAUGUCACAGUACCCGGACAGUGCUGCAGGAGUCUUACCUGUAACGUACCCGGAAUCAACACCCCCUACAACCCAACACCCCAGAUCAACCCCACACCCACCCUGGCUCCAGGACAGACACCGGCACCAACUACCAACCCACAGAUUAUUGUUGGGCCCGGUGUUGGGACUCAGUUCGGAGGGUCGUUGCCAGGAGGUGGCGCCACCGUCCCCCCAGGCACAACAAGCAUCAUGGUGGGACGACUCAACAAAUGCAUCUACCAGAACCGCAUGUACAACAUGGGAGAGAAGUGGGAUGACGGAUGUAACUACCAGUGCGAGUGUCUCGACUCCACCUCAGGAUACUACAAGUGUAUCCCCAAGUGUGCUGACUACUCCAAGGUGACAUUACCCAAGGGAUGCUACAUGGUGAAGGCCCCCGGGGGCUGCUGUGACGUCCCCGUGUGUAAGAAGCCUGAUGGUUCUGUGGUAGAUCCAAUCCAGAACCCCGGCGUCUACCCGGUGUUUGGUUCCUUCACAGGAGGUUUCACCGGCUUCAGGCCAGGCUACAACCCAUCUGGAAUCGCGAACACCAUCGGUGGACGACUCAAUGCCUGUGUCUACAAGUCCAAGGUGUAUCAGGUGGGUCAGAAGUGGGACGACGGCUGUGACUUCAGCUGCGAGUGCCUCGACGCCAACACCGGCCGUUACAGAUGCAUACCUAAGUGUCCCACAUAUACACGACUGCCUCCCAUGUGUCGCAUGAUGAGCGUGCCCAGGCAGUGUUGUCAACAGGUGUCCUGCCAGUCCCCAACCGUCGCCGGACCCAACCCCACCACGGGUGGUCCCAACGUCUCACCGCAAGGAGUCUGUCCCCCUACCGACAAGCUGGACAACUGCGCUGCCUACGGCAAAUACUCUUGCAAAGCUCCCUACGAAACCUGGGCGAGAGAGAACUGCCCAAUCUAUUGUGGAAUUUGUCAGCGUACAGUGUCCACUACCGAGCCUCCAUGUGUGGACAAACUUGACAACUGCGCUAUGUACGGGAAGGCAUCUUGUGGCGGACUGUACCUCGGCUGGGCGGGAGACAACUGCAGGAAAUACUGUGACCUAUGUUCAACACCAGCCCCUGACACCCCGGCCCCAUCCCAGUCCAGCUGCGUGGACAAGCUGUCGAACUGUAAACAGUAUGGAAGCUUCGCUUGCAGUGGACAGUAUGAGUCAUGGGCUCGCGACAACUGUGCGAUGACCUGUGGCUACUGCAAAGCGACCUCGUCGCCACACACCGGAAAUACAGGCUACGGCCUCCCUCCACCUAACUGGACCAUCUUGAUGAAGGGCGUGGCAGGGAUGCCAGGAGACCUGUACAGUCUGUGGUCCUCCCCUGGCACCAUCAACGCCAACCAACCCCAGGCCAUGUAUCUGACCAGCACCUACCCAGGACAUUACAAACCUGACUUGUCCAACCACUGGAUCAACUGCCACUUUGACCAGAUCCGAGUCGCUAUCUACAACCAGGGAGUUCAGAAGGCCUAUGUGACCUUCAACGCAGUUGGAGCUGACAAGAUGAGCUGGUUCGACCCGAGCAGGAUUAUCGACUCCUCCUGGGGAGAUAUCAAGUCUAUUCCCAAGAACUUCUUCCAGAUGGCUGGUGACUCGUUAACUGGCCGUGAGUUCUACAUGAGCAACACUGGGUCCGGCUGCUCUAGUAGCGGAUGGAUGAUGGUGUCCACUAGAGGUCAAUGUCCUUACGAGAACCCCAGCGGCAAGAAACCCGCCUUCUACUACGCCCCUGGCAACACAGUGGCUAACUGGCAGACAAGCCAACCUCAGUCGGGAGAUGUUUUCGCUAUUCUCGCCCAUGGAGGAAACUGUGGUGGCAGCUCGCAAUACACAACACCAGCCCCAGUCACAGGUCAAACUAACGUGUGCCUGUACAAGGGCAAGACCUACCAGGAAGGAGAGAACUGGGCCGACGGCUGCGAAUAUAACUGUACUUGUGUAGAUGGAAGCCAAGGUUCCUACAGCUGUAGAGGACUUUGUCCGAUCUACAACAACCUGGACCCGUCUUGUACGCUGGUGAAGAAGCCCGGAGAGUGUUGCAGUGUGCCGGACUGUGGCCAAACCCAGAAUAUGUGUCAGUACAAGGGCCAGAAGUAUGAGCAGGGCAAGACAUGGCGCGACGGCUGUGACUACCAAUGUACCUGUGCAGAUGCCAGCAAGGGCAUGUACCGCUGUACCGCCCUAUGUCUGCAAUGGCAGCUGCCCCCGGCGUGUAAGCUGUUGGCCCCGCCUACUGGCAAGUGCUGCCCCAAACCAAGCUGCCCGAGCGGCAUCGUCAUCAACUACCCGCAAGGCUACGUUGAGGUUUAACAGGCAGAAACAUGUGUAGCCAGGCAACAAAACACUUGAAGAUAGGCAAAAUACAAACUUAUGUUUUUAAAAAUGUAAAUAUUCGAAUAAGGAAAAUAAAUUAUUUCUAGUUUAAA